AUGACGACACCAAAGCUAUCUCGACCAACUCUUUUUACGCUAGCGGAAUUGAAGGCCAACCCAGCAUUAUCAAAAUCCGUCACGCAACUCGUCAACGAUGCGUUCUACCGGUCGAAGGAAGUCGACCCAACGAAAUGGGAUAACACCACGUUACGCUUCCCGAACGAGGAGGCACUACACGUCAUGCUCGGUGACCAAGGCAGCGUUAUUGCAUUGAUCUUUGACGAAGCAGUGGGCGCGCAGGACGAAGAGAAGUUCAACGAGAAAGAAAGCAAAAAGCUUGUAGCAUGCGUCGCCGCAGUACCCUGGAAAGGCGGAUGGGCAAAAGAAGGCAGCGGAACAGAAGACGGGUGGGAAAUGAAAAUCGUCAGUGUGGACGGCGAUCCAACAUAUCACCACCGCGGUCUCGCUGUCCAGCUGCUCAACUUCGUCGAAACAUAUCUUGUCGCGAAAGAGAGGGCUCAACUUCGAAGAGCGGGAGAACAGGGUGAAGGCGUGUUGACGCUGUGGAUCCUGGCGGCAGAGUGCCAAAAUGGCGUGUAUUGGCGGAGAAGAGGGUAUCAAGAGGUGCGCAAGAAGAUGGAAGGACCGGGUGUUUGGAGUUGCAGGACGAGUUUCGAGAUGGUGGUUUUGCGGAAGGAUGUUACUUUUGAUAUUGGUACUUAG